AUUCAAUUGAAUAUUGUAUUCAAUUUGGUUGUCCUUUACUUACAAGACAAAUGAAACAAUGGGCAAUAAAUUUAAUAAAUUAUAUUUUAUAUGAAAUAAUUAUAUCAAAUUUAUCAAUAAUGACAUGGCGUGGAAUUUAUCAUUAUCUUGAUAAUUAUUUCUAUCCUGACAAUGUGCCUAUGUCAGCUGGAAUAUCAAUUUUAAUUGGUUAUCUUCUUUAUUUUCCAUUAAUGUAUUUCCAAACAUAUUUAGAAGAAUUAAAUUUAAAAUAUGAUUUUUGGACAUUUAUUUCAAUAAAUUUUCCUCAAUUUUAUCGAAAUAUUCGUCAUUUAUUAGCAUUUAUAUCAUGUGUAUUUAUUUGGCGUGGAUAUUGGCUUAUUUAUGAUGAAUAUUUAUAUAUAUUUGAAGAUUAUUAUAAAACAUAUUUAUUAUUUUAUAUAAUAUCAUUUAUAUAUUUAAGUAUUCUUCAAACAGCAUCAUCAAUAAAUGGUCCAUUAAGUAAUAUGGAUGAUGAUAAUCAAUUUUUUCCACUUUAUCCACAUUGUUAUGUUUCAAUUGUUCAAAGAAAAUUUUCUCAAUUUAAAUGUUUUAGAGAAAAAAUUCAAGAAGAAAAUACAAAACUUUAA